CAGACGUCACAGCGCUUUGCGUUAGUGACUGAGGAGAAUUGCAGAGCGAUUUCACAUGAUUAUCUGUGCAGCGGGCAGAUGUUAAUUAAGAAUUUUACCGUGUAUGAGUUUCGGAUAAAAUAUGGCGGUUGUCAUACGACGUUGCAACGGAUCCUGUAGGAUGGGUUGUGCAGACCUAUUGUUAUAACUUGCUCUGUGUGGACAUCACCGCCACCGUGGAAGAAAACGGCAGCUCAUGGCACCAGGCCUACACAAAGUCGGGCUCCAGCCCACUUCCAGCACCACCCGAGCACUUGUGCAAGGCCUGCAGAGGCCAGUUUGACACUGUAAAUCAGCAUGUCUGUGUGGACUGCAAAAACAACUUCUGCGGUCGAUGCUCGGUGCAGGUGGAUCUUGGGCCACUUAUGUGCCACACCUGUCAGCGGCUCCAUUGCACUUUUUUCGAGCGGGCUGAAUUGAUGCGGCUGAAGGUGAAGGACCUCCGGGAUUACCUCCACCUGCACGAGAUCCCUACGCAGAUGUGCCGGGAAAAGGAGGAGCUAGUGGAGCUGGUGCUGGCCCAACAGACUGCCCACGGCAGCAGCGGUGCUGAGUCUCGCUCUCAGCUGGUUGCGGCUCCCCUGCCUCCUCAUGUAGAAUCUGAGCCUCUAACAGAGGAGGAAGAAGAUGGGGAAGAAGAAGAGGAGGAGGAGGAAGAAGAAGAAGAAGAAGAAGAGGGGGAGGAAGAAGAAGAAGAGGGGGAGGAAGAAGAAGAAGAGGGGGAGGAAGAAGAAGAUGAGGAAGAGUCCACAGAUAGUGAGGAGACCCUGGUGCACAGCAGAAGAGCUUCCCUUUCAGACCUGACAAGCGUGGAGGACAUCGAAGGACUCAGCGUGCGACAGCUGAAGGAGAUUCUGGCACGCAACUUUGUGAACUACCAGGGCUGCUGUGAGAAAUGGGAGCUGAUGGAGAAGGUUACUCACCUCUUUAAUGAUCAGAAAGACCUUCACAACUUAGUUUCGAAUACAAACAAAGAAGCAGCUGACCCAGCUGAGCCCAGUGGCCAGGAGGAGAAUCUGUGUAAGAUCUGCAUGGACUCCCCCAUUGACUGCGUGCUGCUGGAGUGUGGACACAUGGUCACAUGCAGCAAGUGUGGGAAACGCAUGAACGAGUGUCCCAUCUGCCGACAGUAUGUGGUUCGAGCAGUGCAUGUCUUCAGAUCAUGAAAUCUGGUUAUUAACAGACUGCCCCCCGCAGGUUGUUGCUAUAAUUUUUUGAUUUUCUUAUUUCUUCUCUGUCAGUGUUAACUCAUAUUCACUCAAGUUUACAUGAUUUAAUGUCCACCGAUUUGUCAUCAUCACUUUUUGGUGGACCAGAAGUUGUUGUGAUUUAAUUCAUAUGUUGACCUUUGCCCAAAAGUGGGUGAUAAGUUGCACUUUGAAAUUAGUAGCGAUGCAUCUUCAGUUUCAGCAUCAGUUUCGGGUCCAUUCUUCCACAUUUUAGCUACAGUAAAUCAUAAGCAAGGAAGGUUUAAGUAAUGCAUGUUUUACUAUAGGUUAAAACACAGCUUUCUGGUUAUUAAAUGAUUGACCACUCAUUUCUACUAAAUGUUACUAUUUAUAUAAUUAAGUUUAUUUAUAGGAAGAGGGCACUAGGGAUUUGAAACCGUUCAGAUGGUUCACGUUAAAGAGUGUUAUGUUGUUGAUAUGUCUUUACCAUAGUUCACUCUGAACUGCUUUUUAAUCACUGCUUAUUUAGGGGCCAUUGCACUCUUGUCGUAAUGUUUGUUACAUACUGUACUAGUAUUUAAACUCUUAUUUUUUCCCAGUGAGUAGGUGCUAUUUUCCAGACUGUGCACUUCUUUUUUUCGCAAGUUACUGAUGAGACUUUGGCAGAACCAGUUGCUUCCAAUUACACAGAGACAUAUUCUGGCUUGACAUCUGCUUUAGUAUUUUUUUUAUUUUUAUUACACAGGUGGUUUGUUCUCCACCAUUUCUAGUAUUCUUACUUAGUAAUACUAACAGGUUAGUGUUAGUUUUAAGGUGCUCAUUACUGCCUACAGUUAUUGUUGUAUGAUAAGUGUGUUAAAGUUUUCACUGAGUAAAAGAUGUCAAUCAUAACUUUGUUUUCUUUAAAUCCAAAUUAUAGUUAUUUCUAAACUCACAUUAUAUUUUAGUUAUUCAGUAUGAUUUCUUCACAUAUAUGAAUGUAUGAUAUAAAUUGUGGUUUUCAUUUGAAUCUUCAUUGGGUCUUGGAAUGAAAACUAAUGCAUAUUCUCGAUUCCUUGCUUUCCUGAGCUGAAUGUAGAGGACAUCAAGAUCUUGAUAAACUGCCAAGUCAUUCUCCAACACACAAAUAUGAGUCGACGUUAAAAGUUACAAGGCUAUGCCUGUAAUUUGACCAAAACAUUUUAUCUUUCAACACUGUCGUCUUUUACCAGGAUAUGCAAGCUGUACAUAUUAUAUAUUUUGUUAGCUUUGUGUUUGCUAGUACAUCUAUGUAUUUGCAUAUAUACACCUAUAUCAAUUACAAUAGUGUUUGAUCAACUAAAUAAUGCUAAAAGAUAACACUGUUUACUAGUCAUUGCAGAAAUUCAGUUACUCAAAACCCAGCAUGGCCUUACAUUUCUGUAACCACUCCAUAUCCAAAUGUGUUUACAUUGUAUUUACAGUUGAGGAUGCACAGACAAGUAAUAAAAACUUUAUGAGGAACGAGGGUAAGUUGCUGCUCCCAAAACAUAGCUUGUUUAUGUCAAAUGGCGAUAACAAAAAAGCUGCUGUGCUUGGAGCUUCCAUUUUGUGCAUUUAUGGCUCUAGUAAAACAAUAUAAACAAGCAAAUAAAUUACACAUACGCUUCUAUAAUCCAUGUAAUUUGUUGUUUAACUGUAAUAAA